AUGACAGCAUUCAUGGAUGGUCGGCGCAAUGUUCGCAAUGAUCGGAUGGUUUAUAUAUCAAAUAUUCCAUACGAUGUUCGCUGGAUGGAAUUAAAGGAUCUUAUUCGCGAAAAAGCUGGAGAAGUGAAUUUUGUCGAGAUCCUCGAAGAUCGAAAUGGGAAAUCUAAAGGUUCAGCAGUUGUAGAAUUUCGUGAGAAAGAGUCUGUUGAACGUUGUGUGGAGGCUCUUCAUCGCUUUGUUAUGAACGAUCGCAUGUUAACAGCUAAAGAAAUUCGGGAUCCCGUUGCUUUUUUCCGAAAGGUUAAAGAUGAUACCGGUAUUGACUUUUUAAAUGGUUUGCACGGUGCACCCGUUGAUACACGUGCACGGCGUGAUGAAUCUUUCGAAACAUAUGGCUUAAGUCCAGCUUUUCUGCAUCAGCUGAAUAUAGAUGGUUCUUUGACCAAUCGAGUUUUUGUUUCCAAUCUGCCGUACAACUUGCAAAGUGGUCGAUUGUAUGACAUAUUCUCUUUAGCUGGAAAAGUGACAUGGGUCGACUUGCAUUUGGAUAAAGAGGGUCACAGCAAGGGAAUGGCUGUGGUGCAAUAUAGUCAUCCCAUCGAAGCUGUGCAGGCUAUUUCAAUGCUAAAUAAUCAGCGCGUAUUUGACAGAUUAAUGAAUGUCAAGAUGGACAGAUUUGAUCCAGUUGAUGAAAAACGAGAGGGUGACCUUCCUAUUGGUCUUCGUAGUAUUGGAAUGGGACUUGGUGCCAACGGUGCACCACUUGGUGAUGUAUCUUCAAUUAUCUCUUCGCUAAGCUCUUCAAGCGGUGCGGUUGAUCAUUCCAGUACGCAUUAUGUCUCUGGUCAAUCGGGAUAUCAAACUGCGUCGUCACCAGCUUUUCAGUCAGCUGGUAUCGCAUCAGCAUUACCGUUUGCAUCAAGUAAUUAUACUUCCACUGCGUCUCCAUUUGCUGCAGCGAGUAAUGCUACUUUUGGAUCUGGAUCAUUCGGAGGUUACGGUGGAGGGUACAGUGGUCAUCGUUCAAUUAUCAUUAAAAAUAUUGGUGGAUUAGUUAGUGGUGUAUUACCACUGGAUUACACAUGGCAAAUUGUGCGUGACCGAGUGCAGCAAUUCGGUCCUGUUGAUCAUGCAGAAAUGAUAGCACCGGGUUGUGCAAAAGUCUCAUUUGCUAGUUCAUCUGAUGCUGAACGUGCUCGCAAAGCUUUACAAAAUACUACUGUUGAAGGACGUUUGAUUGGUGUUGAAUUUCUUGCUUGA